AUGGAGGGUUUACACGGUAGUGCGCCGAUGAUGAACUGGCAAAGUGCUGAUCUUGAUUCGGCAUGGAAAGACUUUUAUACACAUGUUAAUUUCAUGUUUAAUGGGCCCUUGCAAGGGAAAAGUGACGAAGAAAAAUCGGCAUAUUUGAUGAUAUGGGUAGGCCAACGGGGCAGAGAGGUGUAUAGUACCUGGACUGCUAUGGCAGAUGAUGACAAGAAAAAGCAUGAUGAGCUGAAAAAGAACUUUGAGGAGUAUGUUAAACCGAAGACAAACAUCGUUUUCAACCGUUAUAAGUUUCAAUGUAGAGUACAGAAUGACUCGGAAUCCUGUGUGGAAUAUAUUACUGAUUUGAGAGUUCUAGCUGCAGAUUGCAACUAUGAGACACACUUGGAUGACGCAAUUCGAGAUCGCAUCGUAUUUAGCAUAAAAAACCAGAAAAUAAGAGAGAAGUUAAUUCAAGAGGGUUCAGGUUUGAAAUUGGAGAAGGCAAUAGACAUUUGCAGGUCCUAUGAAAUUUCACAAAAACAGCUGAAAACAAUGAAUGCUGAAGAUCAAAAUGUACAUGUCGUGAAACAACAGAAACAUUAUAAACCACCAAAUCAAGCCGCAAAGGGAAAAGUGCCACAGACGCAAAAAACACAGAAUUUUCAGAAACCCUACAAACAAUUUAAUGCACCUCCAAGUAGUUGUGGUCGUUGCGGAUACAGACACACGCAAAGUCAAACUUAUCCAGCGAAAGGGAAAACCUGCAAGAAAUGUGGCAGAAAAUAUCAUUUCGCCAAAGUCUGUAGAACCAGAGCAGAAAGAAAAAUUCAUGAAUUAGAUGAAGAUGAUGAUUAUUACUUUGAUGCCUUAUUUGUUGGAAUGCUUUCCACAAGUAUGAAACAGAAGAAGGAAAGAAAUGACACAUUUACAGAGAAUCUGUUAGUAAAUGGUGUUACACUAAAAUUUCAGCUAGACACAGGAGCAAGAUGUAAUGUGCUGACGAGAAGAGACUUUCAGGCACUGAAAAUCAACGGACCUUUGAGACAACAAGCUGCUGCUUUGAGAUCAUUUUCGGGGCAUAGAAUGGUUCCGGAUGGAAUGAUAACAUUGAACUUACAGUGUAAAGAAGAGACACAUGCAGUUGAAUUUUAUGUAGUAGACACAAAGUCACAGUCAAUUCUCAGUGGAGAAACAGCUGAAAGUAUUGGGCUAAUUAAAAGAAUCUACCACAUAGAAGAUGAAUAUAGCACUCUGUUCCAGGGACUAGGAUGUUUACCAAGAGAAGUGAAAAUUGAAAUUGACAAAAGUGCAAAACCAGUAGUACACCCACCGAGAAAAGUUCCGAUAAUGCUUAAGGACAAAGUAAAGGCAGAACUACUGAAAAUGGAAAGACUUGGUGUAAUAGUGAGACAAAAAGAGCCUACACCGUGGGUGAAUAGCAUGGUUACUGUUACAAAACCUGACAAGUCAGUGAGAAUUUGUAUUGACCCAAAAGACCUUAAUAAUGCCAUACAAAGAGAACAUUACCCUAUGAAAACAAUUGAGGAAGUUGUUGCAGAAAUGCCAGAAGCAAAAGUAUUUAGUACUAUAGAUGCAACCUCGGGAUUUUGGCAACUUAAUUUAGAUACUGAAAGUUCCAAGCUGACAAAAUUCAACACGCCAUUUAUAGAUAUAGAUUCUUGCGUGCUCCUAUGGGGUAGAGAUGAAAAAGAACAUGAUGAAAGACUUUCAGCAGUGUUAAAAAGGGCUGAAGAGUGGAAUCUGAAAUUGAGCGAGAAGAAAUGUCAGUUUAGGAAAGAUGAAGAAGAAUAUGUGGGUCACAAAAUUACUAAAGAAAGGUUGAAGCCAGAUCCAGAAAAGGUGCGAGCAGUACAAGAAAUGAAACAACCAACAAAUACAAAAGAAUAA